AUGUCGUCAAAGAAAUACACAUCGGCGUUAACCACCUUAAGGGAGCUAUUUCCUGAUUGGAAGGACGAUGAUUUACUAGCAGUUCUCGAAGAAACUUCAGGAGACAUUGAACAAAGUGUUAGUCUAAUUGCAGAGGGUCAUGUUUCACAAUGGGGUCAAGUAAAGAAGAAGACCAGAGAGAGUACUAGAGGUAAAUCAAAGGGUCCUGCUAAUGCAGACGGUAAAGAGUCCAAUACCACCAGUGCACAUCGUCAUAAUGGUUCUGCUGCCAGUCAUGGUCAUGGCAGCAGCACUCAUGGUUCCAAUAAUACUGGUACUGGUGCUCCUAGAGGUCAAAGAAGUGAAAGAGGUCGUAGUAGAGCUCCAAAGAGAGUCAAUGGAAGUACUCAUACUCAUACUAAUGCCAAUUCUACCACUUCUUCUGCCGCUGCUACUGCUAAUAAUAAUAAUACUUCAGAUGCUACCAGUACUCCUGCUGCUUGGGAAACUGAUGCUGCUGGCGUUCCUGCUGGUUCUGCCGUUGCUGCUGCCUCGAUUGCUGCUAGUAAUGCUUCAUCCACUUCUACUACUGAUUCUACUGCUGCUACCACAAAUUCCAGCACCAGCGAGUCUGCUCCUAGCGCUCCUAAAACAAGAUCAUGGGCUGAUGCUCUUUCUAAAAAAUCCACUACUGCUCCUGUAGCAGCCAAGAGACAAUCACAACCACAACAACAUCAACAACAAGAGCGGGCUGCUCAAAAGCCUCAGCCAUCUGCAUCGGCUGAUAUUGACAACACCACCACCACUACUACUACUACUUCUUCUUCUCUACCAGAAUCUAAUACUGCUGCUACUAGUACUCCUGCUGCUGCUGCCACUGCUGCCAGCACUGAAACUACUGCUCCUGUAUCCAACUCAGCACCUACUGCUGUUCCUGCAUUACCAGUUGCCCCUCAAAAGCUUUCAUGGGCUGCUAUUGCCAAACCAAAAGAAGAAAAGAAGCCUGCUCCUGCUGCUCCUGUAGCCUCUACUGCUACUACCAAUGCUUCACCUGCCUCUGCUGCUGCCAGCGAAACUCCUGUUGCUGCUGCCACUUCCACUGAGACCACUACUCAACCAGAACAAACUGAAGCUUUCACUCAAGAGCCUGCUGCCGAGACUGUAUCUGAGCCAAUCCCAGUCUCCAUUCCUCCAGGACUCGAGUCCAAGCCUGAACCUGCUGUUCCUGCUGCUACUUCUAACACUGCUUCUACUGGAGCUGCUGCUGCCGCUGCUCCUAGAAGAGUCACUCAAGAAGUUCCAGUUAUCCUUCCUGGUUCCGUCAGUAGAACUGUUGACCGUGUGGGUGUUCAAUUUGGAAGUCUUGAUUUGAACGAGCAAACCCCUGCUACUGAGUCUGCUUCUCAAACUGCUCAACCUGCUCAACAACAAGCUCAAGCUCAACAACAACAGCAACAACAGCAAAUUGCUUCUGAGACCGCUAACUCGUCUGCUACUAGCACUGCUCCUGCUGGCAUUCCUGAACAAGGUCAAACUGCCGGUGCCGCUGCUGCUGCCCAACCUGCAUACUACGGAUACGGACAAACUCAAGCUCAAACUGCUGGUUCAGUUCAACAAAAACCUUACGAAAACGCUUAUUCGCAAAACCACUACGUUUAUCCUGGUACCCACCCAGGCUCUCACCCUGGUUUUGCUACUGGCUACUCUGUCCCCACUGAUUAUCAAUCUCCUUAUGGAGCUGGUGUUAGUGACCAGAGAAACAGUUAUAACAACUACUACUAUCAGCAACAAGCGGCUGCUGCUGGUCAACAACAACCUGGUUUGACCGGUAACCAACAGCAAACUCAAUCGCAACACAAUGGAUCUCUUGAUUCGUCUCGUUACGGAACCAGUGCUGGAGCUACUGGUGCUGAGGCCGGUGCUAACUCUGCAGUUGCUGGAGGUGCUGGUGUUGCCCAAUCGUCGAACGCUAACUCUCCAGCCUCUGUUGCCGCUGGUGUUUACCAACAACCUUCGAUGAAUCCAUACUACAUGUCGCCAGCUUACGCUGCUUACUAUUACCAGACCUACGGAUACAACCAACAGGCGGCUCUUGCUGCCCAAUACGGCUCGCCCGCUGGUCCCCAAAAGGGAUUCUUUAACCAGCAACAGAGCUACUAUGACUACCGUCAACCUGGUGUCGGCGGACAGGUGCAAGGACAACAAGGACAAAGCCAACAGCAAGCUCAAGGUCAACAGCAAGGUCAAUCCCAGGGUCAACAACAGCAGCAAUCCCAGGCCCAGGGUCAAACCAGCCAAGCCGGCGGUUUAACUGGAAUCUCGGACUUCUUGCAAAGAGAGGACACAUCCAAGCAGACCCCUGGCUCACCCCAGCAACACCAAGCCGGCCUGCCCCAACAACCCCAGUACCCUGUCCAACAGAACCUGUACAGCUACGCUGGAUACGGCCAAUACUCGGGCCAACAGGGCCAACGCCAGGGAUGGGGCUACAACUAA